GGCACUUUGGCUUCAACGUGAGUUAGUUUUAUUGUCUGUGUGUGAUUGUUUAUAUACGCAUUGCGUGGAUUUUACAUUAAAACAUACACGAGUUAUACGAAGCCCUCACAGACACAUGCUUUUGUGUUCAUGCAAUUGCCACGCAUUCCGCUUUACUAUGCCUUCUUGACGACACCCCAUUCACAAUAAGCUGUAUUUUUUGUGGGGAUUUUUUUUUGUGGAUCCUAUCUGUUGUUGAUCGGACUUCCACGGAACGAAUGAAGGGACUAACAUGACAUUGAGGAGAGUAAACGUGGCCAUUCUCGUGCUGCUGGCCGUGGCUUUCCUAAUCAUUGUUCAACGAAACCUUCUGAAUCUCAAUGACUUCUUGCAGAGAGAAAACCCAGACGUAGUGCCAGGUGGGAUACUUCCAUUUGAAUCAGAACUGUCCCUUGACCAUAGACUAGAGUUAGUGAGGACGGGGGAGGAAAUCCCUGUCAUCAUCACUGCUGCUGAGGAGAGACUUGGUGCUGUUGUGGCAGCCAUCAACAGUGUCUACCAGAAUACUAAAGCCAAUGUGGUCUUCAACAUCGUGACUCUGAAUGACACAGCGGACCAUCUAAAAGUGUGGCUGAGUCAGACAAAGCUAAAAAAUGUCAAACACAAGAUUAUCGUUUUCAAGCCUGAGACGCUCAGCAGUAAGAUAUCCAAGGAUCAACAGAGGCUGGAGACUGUGAAGCCGUUAACUUUUGCUAGGUUCUAUUUGCCCGUGUACAUACCUGAUGCAGAGAAAGCCAUCUAUUUGGAUGAUGAUGUCAUUGUUCAAGGGGAUAUCCAAGAGCUUUAUGAAACCAACCUUAAACCAGGACAUGCAGCUGCCUUCUCAGAUGACUGUGAUUCGGCAUCUGUUAAAGGUAUAGUUCGAGGGAUGGGAAAUCAGAAUAACUACAUAGGCUUCUUGGACUUCAAAAAGGAGGCGAUCAAGAAGCUUGGCAUGAGGGCCAAUAUGUGUUCCUUCAACCCAGGGGUCAUCAUUGCCAACCUGACUGAGUGGAGGAGCCAGAACAUCACCAGCCAGUUGGAGCACUGGAUGGAGCUUAACACACAGGAGGAUCUGUACAGCAAGACAUUGGCAGGAAGUAUUACUACCCCUCCACUCCUCAUCGUCUUCUAUAAACGACAUUCCUCUAUUGACCCCAUGUGGCAUGUUAGGCACCUUGGCAAUACAGGAGCUGGAAAUCGCUACUCCCCCCAGUUUGUGAAAGCUGCCAAGCUUCUGCACUGGAACGGACAUUUCAAGCCUUGGGGGGGAACGUCCUCCUUUUCUGAUGUGUGGGACAAGUGGUACAUUCCAGACCCCAUGGGAAAAUUUCACCCAGUGCGAAGACACACAAGAGACAAAUAAAUUGAAAAUAUGCAAUGUUGAUGGGCAACCAACUAAACCAGCCCAGUAAUAGCAGGACCACACCUAUUGACUUCUCAGGAACAAACAAGUAAGAAACAAUAUUACAGUUAACAGUAUACAACAAUCCUGUGAUCAGGGUUGAUAGGUUACUUUAUAUAUGUAUUCAGUAACUUACUCUAAGUAUCACAAUAUUAAAGUAAUAUCUGGUUACUUUCAGUUACUUUUGGAUAACCACAAUGCCUAAUAUGAAAAAAGACAAAAGAAAAGAUAUCAAUAACUUUUACUUAGGUGCAUUUUGUAAGACAACAAAACAAUGCGACCUUGGAAAGGACAAUGCGGACACAAAGCUUUCAAACAUCAAAACAUGUAGCAAAAAGGCAAACAGACAAUGCUGUUUUAGUUUAAUACACAGAUUAAAGCCACCCACACUCACCCUGUCUUUUAGCCCUGCUACAUGAAUUACGAGUAUCCAGUGUUUUUAUUUUAAACAAAUCAUGUGUCCAUCUAUUGAACUGUCAAAAAGAACAUCAUAAAGAAAUUCAGGCACUAGGCCUAUGGAUUACAAUUUAAAGUAGAGGCAGGGCUUAAUUUGUGCCGGAUCCUGCCGGAACAGGAUCCGGGACUUCCCCAGAUUGGGACCGGCACCUAUUUAAUUGGAUCUGGCACCUCCUUUGUCACUGUCAACAUCUGUAAAUAAAUUUUGUGUAUAUAAUGUUAUCUGUUCUGUCAUUCUUUUAUUUUCCAUUGAAGUUACUCAUAAUUCGCUUGUUUGCCUAUUUUUGGGUGCAUUUUCAAUCUAAAGAAGGAAGAAAUACCUGCAUAUUUUCCUUUCUCCAGUUGUCAGACUUUGGGCCACCCAGAGAAUGCGGAACAAAUCACACUCUGUAUUGGUUCAACAAGGAACGCAUCAUUUCCUUCUAAAAUACAGGAUGGUUCCAUAUUUUAAGGGACAGGUGGCAAUUUGAACAAGUUAC